GGUCGCUGCUCUCUACCUCCCGUCCUCUCCUCUCAUACAUACAUGCUGCUGCUAACAAAGGAGACAACAACAGGGGGAUGAUGGGUGCUCAGACAACAAGCCUGUCAGAAAAACAAUAAGAAACUCAACCGGGUUGCUUUUACUUUGUGGAUAUAUAUUUUUUAACUAACUAUACUUUUCGCCGCGGGACGACUUACGUUUAAAGUAACGUAGCUGUGCACCGGACCGAUUUUAACGUAAAGCUUUUUUUCUUUCCAAAUCUAUCCAUGUUGGACUGCCAACACUAGAGGCGAAUAACAGAAGAGUAACAGUCAGACAUGGCUGAAUAACACUGGUGGUGAUGUCAUGCUCACAUUGACCUUUGCCGUGAAAGCCUGACCUCUGAUUGGUCAGCGCUGGGAGUUCAAACACCGUGAGAGAAGACUAGCUAGCUACCAUGUCUGUUCAGGACACAUCCCGGCGGGCCACGUCGCCAUCACCCCUCAAACCUGAGGCCAAACCGCGACCGUACAUCCCUCCGAAACCCUCCCCACAAUGCACCUCCCCUCCUCUGGGGGAGAGGGGCAGCAUCUUGAGGCUUUCAGGGGGGAAGGUGAAGAGCAUCGUGAGCAAGUUUAGUAAAAAUUAUUCAACUGAAGCAGAGGAACAACCCACCAAUGGUGCUGCAAAACCAAAGGCCCAUAAGCGCUUCAAGAGGCCGCCUACGGUGAAGCCCAAACCGAACCGAGCCGGUCUGCAGCUUCAGCUCGGGGGGGAGAAGGCCCCCCCGCUGCCUGUGAAGAGGAGCCGCACCUUCAAGAGGCAGAGCGAGAUUGAGGGGGAGGCGGACAGCAUCGGGGUGGAAGGAGGUCGAUCAGCUCCUGAUGGAAAAGAGGUGGAGUCUCAGAUGGUGGGAGGGGGUGAGGUGGAGGCGGAGCUUAGUCCUCACACCCCUCUCAGUCCCAGCUGUGAGUCGGGCUGCAGCUGUGUGUGUCACCGGCAGUGGCCCGGCAUGAAACUCAUAUGGGUGCCCGUGGAUGAGGAGGAAGAGGAGGGGGGAGACGAUGAAGAGACUGAUGUGGAAGAGCAGCAGCAGGAGGAGGAGGAGGAUGAUGACUACUGGGAGGAGGAUGAAGAGGUGGAGAGGGUGGGGGAAGGGGAGAGCGAGGCGGGGGACGAGGUGGACAGGAUGUCGGUGAUCGAUGAGGGCGAGGUGUCCAAGCAGGACAAGGCGAAGUUCCACCAGUGUUUGGACGUUUUAAUCUCCGAUGGCAACAGGAGGCGCUCGGACCCCGGCCCUCACUGUGUUCUCACUUCUCUGGCCGCCAUCCGCUCCGAGUCCCCCCCUGUCCCCCCAAAGCGGUCCCAGUCCCCACAGGUCCAGCCCACCCAGAACGAGGAGGAGAAUAUUUACGAGGCCACCCUUCCCAUGGUCGACCGCGUCCCUAAAAAGACUGUGUGUAAGGAGCUGGAUAUUCCUCUUAUAAAAGUGCGCAAACCAGCCCGCCGGAACAAACUGCCCUACAGCUCCUCAGACCCCACGUCCGAGUUUCUGACGGGCACUGAACCCCUCUCCAGCCCGGACGAGGAGGCCCCUGCCGUCCCACCCAGGAUGCCUGUUCACCCCGAUGGUCGCAGCCUCACGCCCGUACACAGAGCAGGGAUCCCUCUCCCGCAGCCCACCCUGGAGGAGUGGCGCAACCUGCGGCCCGCGUCCCCCUGCGGCUCUGUCUCCAGCGGCCUGAGCCCCCAGAGAGCCCUCACUCCUCCACUCAGCCCUUGCAGACCCCCCCCUCCGCCGCCAAAGACAGACCCCAGGAGGCUCAGCAGUGCCUCCAUGCAGUCCCUCACACAGAGAAAAGAAGAAGAGCAGAACGGGGGGAAUGAAGGCGAGACAGCAGAAGAACCGCGUCCAAUCAGGAGCGGGUCCCUCAGGAGGGAGACCUCGUUCAGCUGGGAGUCCCGCCUGCAGGAUGAGCCUCUGUACCAGACGUACCGAGCCACUGUCAUCACCAAGGAGAUCCGACGGCAGACAGUUUGUCGCAACAUCAGCAAAACCAGUGUGGACUACGCCAUGGACUGGACGGCCCGUCGCCCAGGGGCCAGUACAGGGACCGGGACCAGCACUGGGUCAGGGACCAGCACUGGGUCUGGGACCAGCACUGGGUCAGGGACCAGCACUGGGUCAGGGUCCGGACCCCCCCGGAGCAGCACUGUGCCCACGCCGGGUCAGAGCACCCUGUGGCAGGACCUCCCAGCUGUUCGGGAGGCGGGGGUGCUGGAGCAGCUGACCCCGGAGCAGUGCAAGUACCAGGAGAGUAUGUUCGAGGUGUUGACCUCCGAGGCCUCUUACCUCCGAUCCCUGCGAGUUCUGACCGAACACUUCCUGGACAGCCGGGAGCUGGAGGAGACGAUGAUCAUCAGAGAGAGGAAGACCCUCUUCUCCAACAUCCUGAGGAUCCGGGAGGUCAGCGAGAGGUUCUUGAAGGACCUGGAGGACCGAAUCUUCCAUGACGUGGUCUUCUCUGACAUCUGUGACAUCAUCCACUACCACGCCCAGCACAACUUCCCAGCUUACAUCGACUACGUCCGCAACCAGAUCUACCAGGACAAGACCUACACCUCGCUCCUGAAGAACAACAUGCAGUUUGCCACGGUCAUCACUCGUCUGCAGGAGUCUCCUAAAUGCCAGCGGCUGCCCUUCAUGUCUUUCUUGCUGCUUCCCUUUCAGCGAAUAACACGCAUCAAGAUGCUCAUUGAGAACAUCCUGAAGAGAACAAAGGAGAGGACGGCAGAGGAGCAGACGGCUUCCAAGGCUUUGGCCUCAGUCUCGAAGAUCAUUGUCGAGUGUAACACGCAGGUGGGACAGAUGAGACAGAUGGAGGAGUUGAUCCAUAUCCAUCAAACGCUGGAGUUUGACAAGCUCAAGGCCGUCCCAAUCAUCUCCCAGACACGACACUUGGAGAAGAAGGGAGAGCUGCAGGAAAUGUCCAAAGGAGCGACUCUCUUCCACAUGAGGCCAAAGUUCACCCCCAUCUACCUCUUCCUCUUCAACGACCUGCUCAUCAUCGCUGCCAAGAAAGGUACGGAGCGCUUUGUGGUUCUCGACCACGCCCACCGCUCUCUGGUGCAGGUGCAGGCAGCAGAUGAAGGUGGGGGGGGCAGCAGCGGCCCCCUGGAGCACUGCUUCAACCUCACCCUGCUGGAGAACCACCAGGGGCGCAUGAUGGAGCGGCUCCUCAAAGCCCCCUCGCAGUCAGACAUGCACAGGUGGAUGGCAGCUUUCCCCAACCCCACCAACCCAGACAGAGAUGAAGAUGAAGUGAUUUAUGAGGACUGGGAUUGUCCCCAGGUGCAGUGUGUGGAGCAGUACGUCGCCCAGCAGGCAGACGAGCUCACCCUGGAGCCCACUGAGAUCAUCAACGUCAUCCGGAAGACCAACGAGGGCCUGUAUGAAGGCAUCCGCCUGUCUGACGGUCAGAAGGGCUGGUUCCCCAUCGGAAACGUCAUCGAGAUCACCAACGAGCAUGUGAGGCGGCGAAACCUCCGCGAGCGCUACCGAGUGAUGCAGGCCGCCAGCAUGGUCUCCAGCAGCAAGGCCAGCACCAUUCACUGAGAUCAGACGUUUACAGGAAAUGAUUCUUUAAAAAGGACCAAGAACUCUUGAUUCGAGAACCAGGAAAUAAAAGAUAAGAGGAGAUCACGACAGACCUUUAAUCAUAGCCUUAUUUAUAUGACUGGAGUGAGUGAGUGAGUGUGCGGCUGGGAGCUUGACAGAAAUAAUUUACUACCGACACUGACUAUGAAAACGAUGUGAAUGACUUGCAUUACAUAACAGCAGCUGACAGCAUCACAGCUGUAGAGUUUACCUCCUGCGAGCAUGUGGCUCUGCACAUUUGAAAUGCCAGUCUUUCUAGUCAUUGCUCAACCAGAUAUCAGACCUGCAGCCUGAAAACAAAAGGGUUGGGUUCUCCUGUAAACGCCUUGUGUCACAUGCACACACAAGUUGAAACAUGUCAUUCCUGCCAUGCACGACAACCUGUCAUGUGUCACUUCUGUGGCCAGAAUACAGGAUAUGACAUGUUUUUAUGGAACAACAAUCUUGUAGAAGGCUCAUAACUACCAGUGUUUUAAAGCAAUUGAUCUCAGCAAAAGACCAACUUUGGAAUACAUAUUAUCAGGAAGUGCCUUUUGAAUAAACUCUAAAUCCCUAUCAGGGCUUCUAUCAAGCACAAUAGCUUUGUAAAGGCAUGAACAUGUGGACCGAGCUGUACUGCCAGUAGGACUUCUCAGUCAUUGUGCUGUCCACUACCUUGUGUCAGUAACCGUUGUGGAACAAUAGCCCCCCCUGCUGCGUGGGGUCAGUAAAGGCAGGAUAUUAUAUGUUGAUAUGCUGUAAAUGUAUUAUGUUGUAAAUAAUAAGUGGGGGAUUCUCUCCUUCAAAAACAGUAGUAACGCUUUUAAUAAAACAAACAUGUGUCUUUUAAGCUCAA